AUGGCUUCAAAAAAGCUUAGCGGAACCGCUCGAUCGGCAAAACCUGCAGCGGCUGUCGACACAAAAAAAGAAGCCGCCAAGCCCGCUAAACGGGCUGCUGUCGCAAAACAGACUACGAGCAAGCCAAAACCAGUUUCCAAUGGAAAGACACACAAAGAACCAGAGCCAAGGUCUACCAAGCGGAAGCGCGUCGCUGAUGUGGACGAGGACGAUGCUUCGCGUCGCACAAAAACCACCAAGACCGAAGCUCCCGCAGAGCGAAAACGGGCCAAGCCUGUAGCCAGGAAACCUGUCAAGAAGGCGAAGCGCGCUGUCGAAGAGCCCGCCAUUCUCAACAAAGCGCCCGAUGAGCUCGUUGCCGUCUUUUCCUUCGGCAGCGGCGAGUGCGGCGAGCUCGGUCUCGGCCCCAAACGCACGAGCGCACUCGUCCCCAAGUUCAACCCGGCUCUUGACCCUAAUGAGCCUUCCAAGCACCACAUUGUCCAGCUUGCCUGCGGCGGCAUGCACACCAUUGCUCUAACCGCCGACAACAAGAUCCUGACCUGGGGCGUCAACGACGAGGGUGCUCUAGGAAGAGACACUACUUGGGAGGGUGGCCUCAAGGACAUGGAUGCCGGGUCCGACAGUGGCGACGAAGACGGCGAGCUGAAUCCGUACGAGAGCACGCCGACCGAGGUUCCUGCCGAGAAAUUCCCCAAGGGCACAGUCUUUACUCAGGUCGCCGCCGGCGACAGCUGCAGCUUCGUUCUGACUCGGACGGGGACCGUCUACGGAUGGGGGUCUUUUCGAGACAACAAAGGAGACAGGCGAUUUACGAAAACCAAAAACGGCGACGUCGUCGAGAUCCAGAAGGAUCCCCUUGAGAUUCCUGAGCUUGAAAAUGUGACACAGAUCGCUUGCGGAGCCAAUCACGCGCUGGCCCUCGACAAGUCUGGUCAAGUUUGGGGAUGGGGAUCGUACGAGCAGAACCAGCUCGGCCGCCAGCCGUUUGGCCGAUACCAGCAGGAGACGCUUCUGCCUCGCCAGGUCCGAGUGUGCACCCGUCCCAUCAAGUACAUCGCGUCUGGGGAAUACCACUCCUUCGCAGUCGACCGCAACGAUAACGUCUGGGCAUGGGGACUGAACAGUUUUGGCGAGGCGGGCUACGCCAAGGAAGCCGGUGGUGACGAGGCCAUCCUUCCGUACCCCAUGAAGAUUCGCGACCUCUGCGGCAAGGGCGUCACGACCAUGGCCGGCGGCACCCAUCACUCGGGAGCCGUCACCGACGACGGCAAGGUCUACAUGUGGGGACGGCUGGAUGGCGGCCAGCUCGGCAUCGAAUUCUCGCAAAGCCAGCUCGACGACGAGCAUCUCGUCCGCCGCGACGAGUACAACAAGCCCCGUAUUUGCCUGCGGCCCACUGCCGUGCCCGAGAUUGGUCACGUCGUCCACGUUGCCUGCGGAACCGACCACACCAUCUUCAUCAACGACGAGGGCGUGGGCUAUGCCACGGGUUUCGGGUCCGUCGGGCAGCUAGGCCUCGGUAACGAGGACGACUGCGACACCGCCCAGCGCAUCCGGGGCAAGGACAUCAAGGGCAGAAGGCUCGUGGGCGCCGCCGCCGGCGGCCAGUUCUCCGUAGUGACCAGCACGUCGGCCGUGGCCAAGACGGAGUGA